CUCCAUCUACGUGUAAACCUUUUCGUCUUUGUCCUUUCUUGUUUGAAUAUAUACCUACCUUAGGUACCUAGGUAGGUACUUUAUGCCCUAUCUGGGUGUAAUAGUUAUUACGAAGCAUCUCGUUACAUACUCGUUUACUACACGUUGUGGAAUAUGCUAUUGACAGGUACUUAAAUAUCAUAGUUCUAAUACAGGUAUUUUAUGUCUCCUAUAUGAAUUUAAAGCAUGCCAAAAGUAUUCAUCCUUGUUGAACAUUCCAACCACGUAACGACAAUAUCGAGAGUGCCACGAACCGAAAUGGCCCCUAAACAGCAACUUUGCGAUGAAUGUCUUCAGUUAGACCUUACGCCGUUUUUCAAAAGUAAACUAGUAGCCGUCAAUGGAUGUUUUAUGAUGAAAUAUUUUAUUCCCCGAAGAGGACCAGUGGGCCAACCUAAAUCCACAGACUGUGUCGUAUGUACUAUCCUGUCACGCUCUAGAUCCCCCGAUUUGCGGGAAAUGGGGACCUUUGCAACCGACCGGGGGGGGAUUAUGAGCUCAGGGCAAUUGAAAAUUCAAUGACAUCAGAAUUUGGGUAUUUCCGUUUGAAAAUAAGUCACUUGAUUCUGAUCAAAUGUUUUCCAACUGUUACCGAGACAAGGAGAAAUGAACAAUUUUGGGAUGAUAUAUGGAGUACUUUUAAUGCAGAAC